CUCAACGGCCAAACCAAACCAAACCAGGACUUCCAGCCCAAUCUGUCUCCUCUCCUUUCUCAUCGACGGACGGACUUCCAGCGAGAAACCGAGCAAGGAGACAAGGACGACUACAAGGGGCCGGGCAUCCAGUUACAGGCAGCGGCACAAUGUGAAGUAAUGCAAGGCUCAUCCAUGAUUGAUGAUUGUUUCUUCUCCUGUGGUCGUCAGACUUUUCUUCUACAUCAUACACCUAUGCUGCGGCUGCGGGAUGGAGGAAGCUAACCUUCAAGGGCCCUCCAUCGCUCCCGCAUCCACCUCUCACCAAGACGCCCAAGACCAACACCAAGAUGAAACGCCGCCGCAGGAGCAGGAGCAGGAGCAGAUCAGCAGCAGCUACAAAGCCUCAGAGAUCGCCACUCGCUUCAUCGAGGUCAUCGAUCCCAAGUCGCACGUCGACACCGCCGCGCCCAUCGAUUCCGUCAAAGGCGCCGUCACCAAAUUCGGGGGCAUCCUUGAUUGGAGAGAGAAACGCAAGCGAGCCCAUGAUGAGUGCGACAAGGUGCAGGAAGACGUCACGGAGCACCACAGGAGAUCAAUGGAGGCAGAGGCCGGCAGCGCACAGGUUCUGCACGAGCUGAGGACCACCACGAGCGCGGCCGAUAAGCUGAGGCUCAGCCUCAAGAAGGCGCAGAUUGAGGAGGCCCAAGCGCGCCAGGAAGCCGAGCUCGCCGACCGCCGCCUCAGGGAGUUGCAGCGCGGCGCCAGCGAGAGAGCCGCGGCGAAGGCGGAGCUGGAGGGCGCGCUCGCGGACCUGCAGGCGGCGCGAGCGGAGCUCCAGUCGCGGGAGAAGGUGUGCGCAGCCGCCGCGGCCGAGGCGGCAGCGGUGGAGGCGCGAGCGCGGGAGGCCGCCGCGGAGUCGCGGGAGACUGGCAAGGCCGUCGAGGACCUCGCCGCCGAGCUCUUUGCGCUGAAAGCGGAGCUGGAGUCUUCGCACGCCGCCCUUGUGGAGGCGGAGGAGAAGAGACUGAGCCUCGCGUUGGCAUUGGAGCAAGACAAGUCGCAAUGGCAGAUGGAGCUGGAGGAUGCCCAGCAGGAGGCCAAGAGGCUACGAGCUGAGCUGAUGGCGGCCUGUGAUGUCGAGAUGAAGGCGGAGGCGGCUUCCGAACUGAUGGCGAACCUAAAAGCCGAGCUGCUCGCUUGCGCCGUCGAAGAGGACGAUAAGCCCACGGUGAGCUCCCUGCCGAUGCUGGAGAAGAUCAACAAGGAGCUUGAAGACGUGAAGGCGAGCGUCGAGAGGGCCAAGGACGAAGCCAGGUGCCUGCGCGUCGCCGCCGCCUCGAUGGGAGAUGAACUGGCCAAGGAGAAGGCGGAGCUCGCCGCGCUGCGGCGGAAGGAAGCGCUCUCGUCAGCAUCAAUCCCUUCUCUCAACUACGAGUUGAGCCGGGUGACCUCCGAGCUCGCCGCGGCGGAGGCAGCAGCAAAGGCGGACAAGGACGAGAGCAAGAUGGCCGAACAGAUAGGCGAGGCGCGGCGAGAAGCGGAGGCGGCGAAGGCGAAGGCCCGAUCUGCUCGCGAGGAGGUUGCGAAGGCCAGGGAAGAGGCCGGCGUGGCGAAGGCCUCCGUCACCACCAUGGAGGCGCGGCUGGAGGCGGUGAAGCGGGAGAUACUCGCCGCCGCCACGUCGGAGGAGAUCGCCACGGCCUCGGCGGCCGCGAUUCUGCAGGAAAGCAGGCCGUCGAACAAGUCACAGCAGAGCGAGGCCGCCGUCGAAGGGGGCGUGACACUGACGGUGGAGGAGUACGACGAGCUGAGCCGGAGAGCGCGGGAGACGGAGGAGAUCGCCGGGAAGCGGGUGAUGGAGGCGGUGAAGCUGAUCAAGGAAGCCAAGGACGCGGAGGUGCGUAGCCUGGAGAAGCUCGCGAAGCAAGACAGGCAGAGCGAGCAGAGGCGGCAAGCGCUUGAGGCGGCGACGCUGGAGGCCGAGGAGGAGGAGUUCGGGAAGCUUUCGGCGGAGCGGGAGCUCAGGCAGUGGCAUGCCGAGCACGAUCCGCAGCGGCGCGCGGCCGGCGAGACCGAGUCGCCCCGCGCGGGGCUCGCUGAGAUCUCCGUGCUCAACGACCCGGGCGCCGGCGACGGGCGCGGGAAUCCUCACAUACUGAGCCCGAGAGGAGGAUACAUGCCGAGGACCGAGCUGAUGGCGUCGACGGCGGAGGCGGAUGCGAGGCAGAGGAAGACGACGUUCUUCCCGCGAAUGGUCAUGUUCUUGGCGCGAAAAAGAGCGCAGUCUUGGAAGUGAUCACUAUCCUUUUGCUUCUCUUUUGGUGUGCGUACACGGCUUGCCUACUCCGUCCGAGCAGAUCAACGAUGCAUGUGUAAAUGUGGAUUGGUCGCACAGGCUGGCAGAUCAUUGUUUUAUUACUGAUCAUGAUUCCCAA